AUGCACUCGGCUCAGCCCAAGUCCCUCGGUUAUCAGUCGCAGCUGUACUGCGUGCACGAUCCCGCUGUUCUACUGCAUCACCGCAAAAAAACCGAGACGAUAUACCUGAAGAUUUUCGAAGAGCUGAAGAAAAACCUAGUCGGUGAUAUUCUACAAAGGGUGGUGCUAGACUCUGAAAAGGCUGCAAUUAGAGCAGCACGAAAGACAUUCUCUAAUGCAGCUGUAGAAGAUGAUUCGUACGAGGACAGAAAGGCGAAAGAGUCGUGGAAUGGUGGAAGACAGUGGAAGGUAAUCAAAGAUCGACUACUAGUUUCUGGAAUGUCACUUCAAUAUUAUAAGUGUGGUAUUUCUCCACACUUCCUUCCGCUAAUGCGUGCCUUACGAAGUCCCCCCGUUCCAAGCGGGCAGGGAGCCUACCGAAAGUGCAAGGAAUUCCUCAACUACUUUCAUACGACCUGGACGGAGGGCCCAUUCAAGGGAAUGUGGUGUAAAUAG